UCUUCCGCUUUCCGUUGACUUUAUUUUUCUGUUUCCAAACCACCGUCUUCAAUGCCUGCUUGCCUUGCAGAAGCUGAACCAGAGACGGGACGUCACCUCCUGGCUGGCCCGAUGGUUCCCCCAAACCCCAGCCAAGUCCGUGGUGGCCCUAAAGACACCCAUCAAGGUGGAGCUGGUGGCUGGGAAAACCUACAGGUGGUGUGUGUGUGGCCAUAGCAAGAAGCAGCCCUUCUGUGAUGGCUCCCACUUCUUCAAACGCACUGGCCUAUCCCCACUCAAGUUCAAGGCCCAGGAGACCCGCGUGGUGGCGCUCUGUACCUGCAAGGCCACCCAGAAGCCCCCAUACUGCGAUGGCACCCACAGGAGUGAGCGGGUGCAGAAGGCAGAAGUGGGCUCCCCACUCUGAGGGGGCGGCUGCUGACUGGCCCAAGAAGGGAUCACCCCAGGGACCCCCGUACCCCGUAGCUGGCUUGUGAAGGACUUGCUCCCGUAACCCGAGGUCUCCGAUCUGGGGCAGCUGGAACUGGCCCCUGCCCCAAUGCCUGCUGGCAAAGAUGGCAUUAAAUAGGCGUGCCGGCCCAGAGUGGCGUUCUUGUGGU